GAAGCUAAGAACCGGAACAAACGGAAGCCGAGCAGGAUCUUAAAUCCGCUUUGAGAAAUGGCGGCCGCUGAAGACACUAAUACUACACAAAACCCCAGCGGUUCAGAGGCUCCGAAACUGUCGGAUUUACUGGACCGGGGCUGGAAGCUGUAUGAAGAGGUGGACUCCACAAACGAGCCGAGCAACUCCAACGCAGUGCAGGUGAAAGUGAAGCGCGGCAUCAUGCAGCUGGAGGAGGCGACGGGGAUGGUCAAUCAGCUCGACCUGUUUAGUCGUAAUGAGGCACUGGAGGAGAUCUCCACAGCCGACCUGAAGUACCUGUUGUUGCCGGCUCUUCUGGGAGCGCUCACCAUGAAACAGGUGAAUCGCAGCAAGCGGCUGGAGCAUGUGCAGGCAGCCCGCGUCUACUUCAUGGACUUCCUUCAGAGAUGCAAGAACUAUGACAUAUGUAGUUUUCAGCUGCCCAAAACCAGUGAGAACACAGCAGAUACUCCUCCUGAGGAGCAGGUGAAUCCAUCAGUCCCCAUGCCAAUGUCACAGCCAGACCUCAUUGCCAUGGCAACACAGAGACGAGCCAAAAUUGAUAGGUUUAAUCAGCGUAAGGAGACAGAAGCUAAGCUGAGUGGCAUCAGGGGGCUGGUUGAGUCUGGUUCAGCCGAUGAAGAGGUGGUGAGAGAUUUUUACCUGCUGAAUGUGCGCAGGUGGGUCACCCUGGCCGUCGAGGAGAUCGAAUCUAUCAAUCAGGAGAUUGAGAUUCUGAAACGGAUGGAGCUUUUCAAGCAGAGCAUGCCCCAGCCAUCUCCACCUAAAAGACCGCCUAUGAAGCCUUUUAUCCUGACUAAGGAUGCUGUGCAGGCAAAAGUGUUUGGUGCAGGCUAUCCCAGUCUUUCUACCAUGACAGUGGAUGAAUGGUAUGAGCAGCACCGGCGGCAAGCAUGUUUACCUGACCAGGGCAUCCCACGCAGUGCAGCAAAUGAUGAUGCAGAGGAAGAUGAGAGAGCAGAAAGAGAGAGAAAGGAAGAGAAUGAUGAUGGAGAGGCACUGCAGAAGGCACGUGACUGGGACGACUGGAAGGAUACACACCGGAGAGGAUAUGGCAACCGCAAAAACAUGGGCUGAUCUGAUUUCACUCAAGUACACACAUGUAUGCGCAUCCCUUCAGUUCCCACAAAUAAACCUCCCAAUGCUGCCAAUAUGUGACAUGGACACAACAGAGAGUUGCGCUGUAGUGGUUAGUUAAAUUGGUGACUUUUUUUUUUUUUUUCUAAAUCGAGUUUGAGUAUUUGACAUUCUUUUAUGUGUCUCUAGAUAAAUCUUAAAUCUUGGUGAGCUUAAAUAAGACCAUAAACCCCUGAGCAUUUAUGGAGAUGGAUGUUUGGGCCUUUUGCAUCAUUUCAUGUCACCUUUUCCUACAUUAAUAAAAUUUUGUCUUUUAAUG